AUGGAUCCACAGAACUAUCCUUCAAUGGAUCAAUAUAACUAUUCCAACAAUGGAGGUAACAACAACAAUAGCGGAUAUAGAAAUCAAGCACCACAACAACACCAACAACAACAACCACAACAAGGAGGUGGAUAUCCUCCACAAUAUAACCAAGGCUAUCAACCACAACAACAACAACAACAAUAUAACCCAAAUCAACAAUACUCACCAGAACAACAAGGAAUUGGAAUGCAACAAAGAGGAGGAUCGGGCAACGAAUUCCUCAUUUCAAGUAUAUCAAGUAAUCCACUUGCACAAGUUGGUUUCUCAUAUGGUCAAUCUUUAUUCAAUGAUGGUAAACAAUACGUCGAUUCAAAUAUUGGAAAAUACUUUUCAUUCUCAUCAUUAAAGAGUUAUUUUAAUGUAAACACUUCAUAUGUAUUCAAUAAGAUCAAAUUAAUUAUAUUCCCAUUCCCACAAAAGACAUGGAAAAGAAGAAUUUAUAGAGUUGGUGAUGUAGACUCUUAUUUACCACCUCGUGAUGAUAUCAAUGCACCAGAUCUUUAUAUACCUUUGAUGGCAUUUGUCACUUACUAUCUUUUGUAUGGAUUCCAAUUGGGUAUGGGCAGAGAAUUCUCACCAGACAAGCUUGGAACUGCUAUUAGCAAGGGUAUUGUUGGUUGGUUGAUUGAAAUUGGUAUCUUUAGAUUGGGUUCAUUCUUUUCAAACUCUUAUUCCAUCCCAAUCUAUGAUAUGAUUGCUUACAGUGGUUAUAAAUACGUUUUAAUGGUAAUCACAAUUAUCUCUUCCAUUCUUACUGGUGGAUACAUAUCAUUUUUCGUCAAGAUUUAUUUGGUUGCAUGUUUGGGUGUAUUUAUCCUCAAGACUUUAAGAGUUGUAAUGGUAUCUGAUAAUAGCGCAAACUCACAUCACGAUAUGCACCAACAACACGAAGGCUCAGCCAUGAGAAACUACUUUGUAUUUGGUGUUGCAAUGCUUCAAUGUGUAAUUUUAUUCUUUUUCAAUUAG